GCAGGGGCCGCCGGGAGAGCUCCUACCUUCCCCGGGCGGCGGGCCGCUUCCCAUCGGGCACUGCGCGGAGCAGCGCGGGUCAGCGUGGGGUCAACGGGUCAGGCGCGCGGCGGCUCCGGCCCGGGCGGGCGCAGGAUGUACACGCUGCUGUCGGGGCUGUACAAGUACGUGUUCCAGAAGGACGAGUACUGCAUCCUGAUCCUGGGCCUGGACAAUGCCGGGAAGACGACCUUCCUGGAGCAAUCAAAAACCCGGUUUAGCAAGAACUACAAGGGGAUGAGUCUCUCCAAAAUCACCACCACCGUGGGUCUGAACAUCGGCACUGUGGACGUGGGGAAGGCUCGACUCAUGUUCUGGGACUUAGGGGGGCAGGAGGAGCUGCAGUCUCUGUGGGACAAGUACUAUGCUGAGUGCCACGGUGUCAUCUAUGUCAUCGAUUCCACCGACGAGGACAGACUGUCGGAGUCCAAGCAAGCUUUCGAGAAGAUGGUCAUGAGUGAGGCUCUGGACGGUGUCCCCAUCCUGGUGCUGGCCAACAAGCAGGAUGUUGAGCAAAGGGGUGCGCGAGGGCAUCGAGUGGAUGGUGAAGUGCGUCGUGCGGAAUGUGCACCGGCCGCCGCGGCAGAGAGACAUCACGUAGGUGCACCCGGCACCUGGGGCACGUACAGCUGGUGCCUGAGCCAGGAGCACACCUGCCAGCUGGAGCCACCGGUCCCGGGGCUGGGGCUGGCUUUGCCUUUGGAUUUUUUCAUUUGCUUUGUUUUUUCUCUAAGACAGACUUUUGUGUCCUGAAAAGUGUAGGUGCCCGGAGGCUUCUGCCAAGGGAGUGGGGGCAGCAGGGCCCACUCAAGGCCUGGUUUUCGGCCCUGUGGGUGCCCUUUGGAGCUGCUUGCCCCAGCCUGGCCUGGGCGGGGCUUCAGGAAGCCCGGUUGGAGGUGGGUUUUCCAUCCACAGCAUGCCCUCGAAGCUCGGCCUCUGCCUCCUCUGAUCAUGGAGGUGGGCUGGGAGUUGGUGUCACCUUGAAGGAGGCCUAACCCACAUCCCCGAAGGCCUGCAGGUCCUGGGCUCUGGUGCAGCCCCAGGACUAGCUAGGUGCGAUCUGCCUAGCCAUGUGGACCCUGCUGCCACCACCACCACCGGCCCACGUCAGGGAGCAAAAAGCUGGGAGUGGGAGGCCCCUAGCACACCUGCCACCACCUGGGACAGCCAUGGCUGCCAGUUCAGGGAUGCGUCAGGGAUGUGGGGGUGUUGGGAGGUGGGCUGGGUCCCUAUGUUGCCCCAUUGGUGCCUGUGCUCCCAGCUGAGCGUGAGGGGUGCAUCUCCUUCCAGGCCUGUGCCCAGCAGCGCAGGCCCUCCAGGCAACGCUGGUCCUGGGGCCCCUCUUCACAUGGCCCCUGUGGGAGCUGGUGACCAGCAGCCUGGCCAGGGUGCCUGUGCAGAAAAUAAAGACAGUCUGCGUGGCCCCUGUG